AUGGGUUCGUCCUGCACCCGUUUGGGAGAGGGGCCGCAGCCUGCUGACGUCAUCUCCCCUGAGGACGUGCAAAAAGGCCAUCGGGAGCUUCUUGACACCUGUCAAGGGACAGAGCUUGAAGGAAAGAACACAGCAGCGGAGGACCUGACGCCCGCUCCUUCUGUCGUCAUUGCGCCGCCGCCUGCUGACGGCAUCUCUCCAGAGGACGUGCAGAAAGGACAGAACUUGGAGCUUCUUGACACCUGUCAAGGGACAGAUUUUGGAGCAGAGAACACAGCAACUGACGACCUCACACCCGCUCCUUCUGUCGUCAUUGCGUGGGUUCUCCGUGAAGUGGCUGAAUGGAGCGGCCCAUACCUUUGGGAAAUAACGGAAGAGGAAAAGAUGAAACGAGAGUUGCAGUUGGCUGCCCAUGCGGCGCGGCUCCUUGAGUGCUGGGAAUCGCACCAAAAGGAGUUUCCGGAGGCCUUUGCAGAGGAGCUGUCGGUGCUAGGUGGUAGAAUAGUCUUCUAUGACAAACAGCUUCAACAGUUCGCAACUUUUCUGCUGCGGCUCUUUGGUGCCUACAGGAACCCCGAACGGAAAGACUUGCACAUUGCCAUAGGCUCACAGGAGCUCUGGCCACUUGUUCUAGCGGAGUUCCGGCGCCAGCAGGCAGCUUUUGAGGGAGCGCAACCGGCGGCGCCUGCCUCAUACCGCUGGCUGUUGGGCCUUCUCCACGAAUUGGAUCGCUCCUCACCCGGAGACUAUUGUUCCACUAAGAGUACAAAGAUUGUGAACAAAGCCGUCAAAAAGCUGGAAGCAGAGCUCUUGAAGGUGCACGCCAAAGCUAUAGUCAUGGAGCGAGAAGCGGCAGAAUUGCAGCGUGCCCAGCAGCGUGCGGCGGAAUGGGCAGCCAGAGACGCGCGUGUGAAAGCUUCGGUCAAAAAGGCCCCCUGGGAUAAGGGAGCUUAG